GUUUAAAUACACUCGUUUUCAUGAAGCACGUUAAAUGAAUUUAGCAAAUUUAUUAAUUAAUUAAUAAACUUUACUGGGAAGUUAUUUAAUAAGCGAGAACAAGAACAUCAUUGUCGUCAGAUGCAAAUAUUGCAAGUGCCCGUAACAACAGAUUGUUUAAAUCAGGGCACAGGGGUCCACCAACAAUAGCUGACAAAGAUAGUUAGUGCUUAGAAUGGAUAGAAUGGAAGAUAAGAUGCAAGUCUGACGAAGUGGCUCUGCUGCCGUUCGUUAGAUUUAACAAGUGAUGAAGGCCUGACAACAUCUCUAACACUGGCGAGUGUUCUCUGAGUCAUAUUGUACAUCUGUAGAUCUAUACCGACAACAACGGACCACCUCUCCACACAAAGGAAUCCCCACCAGUUCAGGCUCUUAGACUCAGGCAAGCAGACUGGGUGGAAGAUUUUUCUCAGUAGCCUAGAGAAUGGUGUCGGCCAAACCAUACAAAGGUCAGAAAUACCAAAAGAUAAAGAAGGAAUGUAUCAAGAAGAAGACGCUGUUUAGGGACAGCGAGUUCCCUCCCGAGGGCCCCUCCCUGUUCUACAGCAAGGCGGCUCCUGCGGACAUAGUCUGGAAAAGACCCGGGGAUAUCGUUUCCAAUCCGCGCUUUUUCACUGAAGGUCGUGGAGCAGACGAUUUCUCGCAAGGCUCCUUGGGAAAUUGUUGGUUCGUCGCGGCGUGUGCCUGUAUUGCAGAAAGGAAAAACCUUUUGCGAAAAAUUGUACCGGAUAUUGAGAAACAAGACUGGGCAAAGGGCCGGAAGUACGCCGGAAUAUUCCAUUUCAAGUUCUGGCAGUGCGGAGAAUGGGUCGAUGUCGUCAUAGACGACUUUCUUCCCACCCGACAAGGGAGACUAAUCUUCAUGCACUCCAAAUCAAGAAACGAAUUCUGGUCGGCGCUACUAGAGAAAGCGUAUGCAAAAUUAUUUGGGGGUUACGAGGCGCUGGUGGCCGGAAAAGCCAAGGACGCCAUGGUCGACAUGACAGGGGGCGUGGCAGAGGGGAUAGAAAUCAGGGACUACAAAAACGAGGAGGAGAGAAAGAAAUUGUUUAAGAUUCUGCGUAAAUCAAAGGAAAACAUGUCGUUAAUAAGUACAUCUAUCGCAGCAGUAGGAAAAGAGAUGGAGGAGAAGCUAUCAUGUGGUUUGGUGAAGGGCCACGCCUACAGCGUGACGAACGUCCGGAAACUAAAACUUGGGACGGGCCUCAAGUCCAUAUUCAGCCGAGAGAAAAUCCACAUGAUCCGGUGUCGUAAUCCGUGGGGAGGAUCUGAUUGGAAAGGGGCUUGGAGUAACGGAUCUCCAGAAUGGAAGAAAGUAAGCGAUAGCGAGAAAAAGGAGCUUGGUCUUACGUUUGCAGACAAUGGAGAAUUUUGGAUGUCGUUUGAGGAUUUCUGUCGGUACUUUACCAGCAUCGACAUCUGUCACAUGAUUAACACUUCCUUCUUCUCGACGUCCAAGACAUGGAAGGAAGAUAUAGUGGAGGGAGAGUGGAAGAGGAACCAUUGUGGAGGAUGCGGCAACAACAAAACAUUUCUAGAAAAUCCUCAAUAUAUGUUUGAAAUAAGCGGUUUUGAAGAAGAAAUCCUAGUCUCUUUGGAGCAAUUUGACAGACGCACGGAAAAAGUCAAAGGAAAGUCCAACUACACUAUAGGUACCACCAUUGUCAAGGCAGAUGUAAACCGGAAGUACAGGAUGCACGAUAAACUAGAGAGGGUGCAUUCUGGGCCGUUUUCUAACGCUAGGAAUGUGUUUGCCCGUGUGAACGUGCGUCCCGGACGUUACGUCAUCAUUCCGUCCACGUUUGAACCAGGUUGUCAUGGGAAAUUCAUUCUCAGAACAUACAGCAGCAAGGGACUGAACCUUCGAGAACUGCGAUUGGACGAGCCUGCCCCGCCCACUUUGUGUGGGAUUCCCUCUACUCUCAAGAAGAAGAAAACUUGCGCAACGCAGGUCACAAUGGUAAGAGGCGAGGAAUUUCCAGGAAACGGAAAGAAAGGCGGGUAUCUUUACUGUAAAAUAAGAUGUGACGGCAGGGUGCUAUACACGAGACUAUGUAAGGACACACUAAAUCCAGAAUGGAACGACCGAACGACAUUCUACAGAAAGAGUCCGGAAAAGGACAUCAUAAUUGAGGUGUGGCACAGGGGUAGAGUGAUGGACACGUUUCUGGGUAAGUGCGUGAUUCCAAUGUCUGAGAGCGCCACCUACCGGGGAGGAAACGUCAACAGGAGGUUCGGACUCACCGCCAGGGGGAAGAAAAGAGAGAAAAUGGAGGGGUAUAUUUGGCUCAAAGUUUUACAUACGAAUGAUUUAAACAGGGUUUGAUUAUGGUCAAACGUUAUAUUGAAACAAUUUCAUGUAUAACGAACUAUGCACCUUUAUACAUGUAUACUAUACACCUUACUUUUUUUUAAUGUCUGCAUACCUACAUGUAUUGUUGUGAAAUAUUUGUUCAGUCAUCAUUUUUUUGUUGUUACAUUUUCAUUCUCUUUUCAUUGUGUUUUUCAACUUUGCAACCGACCCAUGAAUUCUUAUAAUAAACCCAAAGGUUUUCCGUUAACAUGGCUGAAUAGUCAACAAAUGAUAUAAAAGUAUUUUUGCAUAGCAAAUAUACUCUUCUUUUUUGUUUGUCUAGAUAGCUUUUAAAAUAGUACUUAAUUUUUGAAGAUCUAGAACACUUUGACGAUUAGAUUGUUUUCGUGUAAAGCCUAUACAAAUACACUUAUGAAUCCUGUUAUAAUACAUUUUGUUAUUUACAUGUAGCUGUCAUUUUGUAAAUUUUGAAUUUACUGCCACCCGGUAAAUUCAAAAUUUACAACAAAACAUAGCUUUUACAAGUCAUAACCCGUUUUUUGGUUUUAUUUGUUGGAUGUUUGUUGAAUUUUAUUUGUUGGAUUUUUAAGGAAUUUUUUUCGGGUUGUGGUAGACUGUUAGUUUUGGGUUUUUUUUGUUAUAAGUGCGGUGUUCAUCCAAUGAAAGAUAAUUAUAUGUAUCACUGUUUCAUGUCACUUGACUCAAUCUGAUUUUAAAUAAUGUACAUGUUCUGAAUAUGUUUGUUUAUUUAUACGGAUAAUUAUUUUAUGUACAUGUAUGUUGUGUUCCCUAUGUAUUUGAGGAUGUGUGAACAAGAAAAAGAAGAAAAACAUUUCUAAUAAAAAUAUCAAAAUUUAUUUAAAUGUUUUGUCUCCCUUACCUAUAAUUGAAUAACAGGUAAUUUCAGAAAUGAUUUAAAUCUUUAUUGUUUCCUUGAUGAAUAAAGCAAUAUGAACCGUGUACAUGAUGAAAUUCAACAUUUUAAAAGAUACCCCGAACAAGAUUUGAUCAACCCAUUUAUUGUAUGCUAGACAUGCAUGUACAUUUAGAACCAUUUUAACAAAACCUUGGACUUUCAGUAGGACGUAGCUAUCUAUUUCUUGCGUCAAAACAAGUUACAAAUGACGCGGUUUCAAGCAAAAUAUGCACCGAUUGCGUAGUCUUAGCUCAAAAGCCAGGCGAAUCUUGUUGAUUUCAGAGAGCCAUGGCUAUGUGGAUGACAAUAGAACCAUUUUAACAAGAGCUUGGACUUUUGGUAGUUGUGUCAAUCGGCAAUGUGACUUAGGCCUGUCUGUUUCAUUGCUGGCCACUCAGUAAUGGCUCUUUGAAAUCAACAAGAUGUGUCUGGCUUUUGAGCGAAGGCUUCUCAAUCGGCGUAUAUUUCGCUUGAAAUCAGCGUCAUUUUAACUUGUUUUGACGCAAGAAAUAGAUAUUUACAUCCUGCUUAAAGUCCAAGGCCUUGUUAAAAUGGUUCUAAAAUAGACAGGGCCACGUCACAUUGCUGUUUGUCCCAACUACCCAAAGUCCAAGCUCUUGUUAAAAUGGUUCUAUAUCUAGUGACAUGUAUAAAUAAACUUGUAUAUGCAGU